AUGGGAAGAUCACCUUGUUGUGAAAAAGCUCAUACUAACAAAGGUGCUUGGACUAAAGAAGAGGAUGAUAGAUUAAUCUCUUAUAUUCGUGCUCAUGGUGAAGGCUGCUGGAGAUCUCUUCCUAAAGCUGCUGGCUUACUCCGCUGCGGCAAAAGCUGUCGCCUCCGCUGGAUUAAUUAUCUCCGCCCGGACCUUAAGCGUGGCAACUUCACUGAAGAAGAAGACGAACUUAUUAUCAAACUUCAUAGUCUUCUUGGUAACAAAUGGUCUUUGAUAGCCGGAAGAUUACCCGGUAGAACAGAUAAUGAAAUAAAGAAUUAUUGGAAUACUCAUAUCAGAAGAAAGCUUCUGAAUAGAGGAAUUGAUCCCGCUACUCAUAGACCUCUAAACGAAGUUUCUCAAUCUCAUUCUCAAGUUCUUCAUCUUCAGAAUCAGAAUCAGAAUCAUAACCAGAAUCAAGAAGGUGUAACUAUAGCUGUAGCUGCUUCUGCCUCAACUACUACCACUUCUACAGUUAUAGCCGCGGCCUCACCCGCACCCGCAUCAAUUAUAUCUUUUGCUCCGUCUAUUAAACAAGAACAAUAUCAUAACCAUUAUCACAGUUAUAGUCAUAAUCAUCAAGAGAUGAUGAUUAAAGGGUCGGUGUUAGAACGGUGUCCUGAUUUGAAUCUUGAGUUAACAAUAAGUCCUCCACGGCAACAAGAAUCCGACGAACAAUUCAAAAACAGAGACAGAAACAGCAACAUCAACAACAGUAGCCUCUGUUUCGUUUGUAGUUUGGGUUUACAGAACAGUAAAGAUUGCAGCUGUGAAGAAAUUGUUGGAAAUUCAAACGGUGGAAAAGCACCUGCUUAUGAUUUCUUGGGUUUGAAAGCUGGUGUUUGGGAUUACAAAGGCUUAGAAAUGAAAUGA